CAGCUACCAGUUCUAGUUGGUUUAUAUGCGUGGCAGAUACGAGCUACUGGAACAGAACAGAAACCCACUAAACACCAUGAACUUCCAGUGCUCCAAAAUGCAGUGCCUGCUCUGCGGCCUGAUGCUCCUCGUGCUGCACGUGGAGGCGAUAAUGCUGUGCGGCCCCAAACUGGACGAGUUUCUAAUCCAAAUGUGUAAAAACGGCUUCAACAGCAAGAUGAAGCGCGGCUACGUCGGACCCAAUGCCAUUGAUGCUGUGAAUAGUGACUUGGAUUUGGACAACUAUGGCGUCUACCCGCAUAUGAAUCUGGACUCGCAGCCUCUGAUGCGCGCUCUGAUAAGCGAGAGUGCCCACCAAUUGCAGAUCCGUCGACGUCGAUACGGCAUCCAUGACGAGUGCUGCAUGAAGUCCUGCACCUUCAACGAGCUCCUCUCCUACUGCAAGUAACCGACCCAAAACGAAGAAGAUGAAGAAGAAGACGAUGGAAUAAUUUUACUCCUGCGAACUUGAUAUGGACAAGGCACUGCAUUCCACUGUGGCUUAGACUAAGACCAACUCCUGUUUGUCAGCUUCUAAAUGUUUAAAUAUAUAACUACUAAACGAACUCUA